UUCAAUUCGCCUCACUCCCCGCAGUCCCCACUCGCCACUCCCCCCAAAGCUCCUCGCCUCCUCUCUCUCUCUCUCUCUCUCUCUCUCUCUCGCCCCGCCAUGGCCUCUCCCUCCACCGCCUCCUCCUAGCUCCCGUCCCAACCCCUCCCAGAUCCCGAACGCAGCGCGCCAACCCCCGGCGCAGGCACAACAUGGGAGGGUGCCACGCGAAGCCGCUCACCCACGAGGCCGACAGCUCGCCGCCGCGCGCCGCGCCGGCGACCCCGCCCCCGGGCUGCGCCACCCCGGCCACCCCGGGGAAGAAGCAUUGGGCGGUGUCCCCCUUCUUCCCGUUCUCCACGCCGAGCCCGAGCCCCGCGCACCGCCUCUUCGGCGGCUCCGCGGCGUCCCCGCGCAAGUCCUCCCCCGCGCACCCCGGCGCGGGCGCCGGCUCCGCGCCCACCACCCCGGCGAGGCGCCUGCUGCGGCUGCCUUUCCCGCCGCCGUCGCCCGCCAAGCACAUCAGGGCGGCGCUCGCGCGGCGGCACGGCCCGCCGCGGCCCUCCAUCCCCGAGGAAGGCGGCGGCGAGGGGGAGGGCGGCGGCGGCGGCAGGGGGCUCGACAAGGGGUUUGGGUUCAACAAGGGGUUCGCGGCCAAGUACGACAUGGGGGAUGAGGUCGGACGGGGACACUUCGGCUACACGUGCGCUGCCACGGUUAAGAAGGGCGCGCGCAAGGGGGAGUCCGUCGCCGUCAAGGUCAUCCCCAAAGCAAAGAUGACAACAUCCAUUGCUAUAGAGGAUGUCCGAAGGGAGGUUAAAAUUUUGAAAGCUUUGGCAGGAAACAAGAACUUGGUCCAAUUUUAUGAUGCCUAUGAGGACACCGAGAAUGUGUAUAUAGUAAUGGAGUUGUGCGAGGGUGGAGAGCUACUCGAUAGAAUACUUUCCAGAGGUGGGAAGUACUCCGAGGAUGAUGCAAAAGCUGUCCUGGUGCAAAUAUUAAAUGUUGUGGCUUUUUGCCACAUUCAAGGAGUGGUUCAUCGGGAUCUCAAACCAGAGAACUUUCUUUUCACUUCGAAAGAUGAGAAUUCCCAUCUCAAGGCUAUUGACUUUGGCUUAUCAGAUUUUGUAAAACCAGAUGAGAGGCUAAAUGACAUUGUUGGAAGUGCUUAUUAUGUUGCUCCAGAAGUUCUGCAUAGAUGCUAUAGCACAGAAGCUGAUGUAUGGAGUAUAGGUGUAAUUGCAUAUAUCCUUCUUUGCGGCAGUCGUCCAUUUUGGGCGCGCACUGAAUCUGGCAUAUUCCGUUCUGUUCUCAAAGCUGACCCCAGCUACAAUGAGGCACCAUGGCCUUCUCUAACUCCAGAAGCAAUGGAUUUUGUUAAGCGGUUGCUCUGCAAGGAUCCACGUAGAAGGAUGACUGCAGCUCAAGCUUUAAGUCAUCCGUGGAUCAGAAAUUACAAUGACAUUAAGCUGCCAUUGGACAUCCUUAUAUUCCGACUUAUCAAAGCUUAUAUCCGUUCCUCAUCUUUACGGAAAGCUGCUCUGAGGUCUCUAUCAAAAACUUUAACUGUUGAUGAGCUUUUCUAUCUGAAGGCGCAGUUUUCUUUAUUGGAACCAGAUAGAAAUGGAUGCAUCACCCUUGACAAUAUCAGAAUGGCCUUAACAAGAGAAGCUACCGAUGCGAUGAAGGAAUCACGAGUUCAGGAGAUUCUUGUUUCGUUGAGCGCCCUUCAGUACAGAAGAAUGGACUUUCAGGAGUUCUGUGCAGCAGCAGUUAGUGUGCACCAGCUCGAAGCAUUGGAUAGAUGGGAGCAACAUGCGCGAUCCGCAUAUGAACAUUUUGAGAAGGAUGGCAACCGUGCUAUUGUAAUUGAUGAACUCGCUUCUGAAUUGGGCCUCAGCCCUUCGGUGCCGCUGCAUGUUGUUCUGCAAGAUUGGAUCAGGCAUACGGAUGGGAAAUUGAGCUUUCUUGGAUUUGUCAAGUUAUUGCAUGGCAUGUCCAGCAGGUCCCUGUCAAAGAUGAGAUAGCUGUUGAUAAUCUCUAACGACAGCACAAGUUCACACCACCCUAGCCCUUGCCGACUUGGUUCGCAGGCAAAUUAACAGGGCUACAGAACCGUCGACUGGAGCUUGCAUAGUUGCAUAUCGAGGGCGUCUGAGUUCUAGCAGCACCUGGUCUGUCACUAAUUUGAGUAUAGAGUUGCGUUUGUCGUCGUCUGCCUACUGAUCAUUUAGUCAAUAGGAAAAAGGAAAAAUCUCACCCAUGUCUGCAACAUGUGAUGUUUCUAACAGUCGUAGAAUAGGCAUGUUCUGUCGUUGUGAUUUUGGGAACAACUUUGUAAUGCUUGUUCCUGGAACUGGAGCAAGUUAGCUGCGGUCACCAGGUUGGUGUUUGGAGCGUGGACAUAUAUUCACUUACUGGCAUUGUCAUGGUGUCAUUGUACUGACAAAUGAAAGUGAGUGAUCGUUAUGUUGUUCAUCAGGUUCUCCUUCGUGUAUAUAUUGAUGAGAUGAAGAUGUGCCGUUUUUUUAA